AUGACGCCGCAGGUGUCGCCAAUUCGUCAAUUCUGCGCUCGCAAGACGUUUCGAAUCAAUGCCGCUUAUCUGCUCACCACCUUGGGUGACCGAAUGUGGAUGUUCGCCAUCGGAAUUUUCAUGCACAAAUUAGGCGGAAUGACAUGGGUGGCUGUUCAACAGUUCUUCGACGCCUUCGUCAAACUCUCGAUUCUUCCGAUCAUCGGAUCAUUUAUGGAUAAGUCCGACAGAAAUCUAGUAAUGCAAAGAUCGCUAAUGAUGAAUAACCUCGCCGUCGCUGGUUCAGCUGCCUCAUUUUGUAUCGUCUUCAUCAUCGCCAUUCUCCUUGCAUCAUUCUCUCGAUUGGCUAGCGAAGCUCAAAGAAUCUGCUUCACCAAGGAUUGGAUAGUGGUGAUCACCAGCUCAUAUCCAGAAGAAGGGGUCACUCUUUCCCAGCAAAACUCGUUCAUGUCUGUCAUCGAUCAAUCGGCGUCAGUGGUGCUUCCAUUCCUAACUGGCCUUCUUUUCGAUAUAUUCGGAUGGACCAUAUCAUGCAUCACCAUCAUCAUCUACAAUUUGUGUUCAUGGUACAUUGAGAGUUGCGUUCUCUAUAGCGUUUACAAGGCAACACCAGCACUCCAAACGCGCCACAUCAAAGAAGACACCGAGGAAGACAAACAAGCAAAAGCUGAAGCCGAAUCACAUUCAUGGACAAACUCAUUCCGUCUCUAUUUCAAACAAACCAGCUGGAUGGCUGGUUUCGGAUUGGCACUUCUUUAUAUGACCGUACUAGGAUUCGACAACCUCGCCGGCUCUUAUGGUCAAAAGCACGGAAUGUCGCUGAGCACCCUCGGAUUGUUAAGAACCUGCGGCUCGUUGUUCGGAGUGUUCGGCGCAAUCUCUUAUGGACGAAUAGUGCCCGUCGUCGGACUUCUCUGGACAACUUUCAUCGGAUUAACGUGGCAAAACAUCUUCAUUGCUAUGAGCGGAGCUUCCACAUUAAUGCCUGGAAGUCCAAUGAACGUCUCGGGAUUCGUCGACAACUUCGAUACAUCGCAAUGGAUCGGCGGUGUCAUUGAUCAAGUGCAGAAUCCCGAGAACAUCGACCAAGAAGAAACGCCAUUCAUGCAGCUCCCUCUAUCGAUCAAGAUCUUCUUCUUCGGCAUCAUGUUCGCCCGCUACGGACUGUGGGUUGCCGAUCCAGCGAUCACCCAAAUCCAGCAAGAGACAAUCCCCGAAUCUCAACGGUACUCGGUGUUUGCGAUGCAGACCGCCUUCUGCGAGGCAUUCUCCCUCUUGAAGGACACAAUUGUAAUUAUGUUCCCCAAUACGGAAUUGUUCGGCGGUCUCGCAAUCAUCUCAUGCAUCUUUGUCUUCAGUGGCUACAUGCUCAAUAAUCUCUACUUUAUCAAGUGUGGUUGCUCUCGGCUCAAAACCGCGCAUCUCAACGACGUCGAGCUCCAAGCAAUUCAACAACCGGAGCGACAUUCGCUUCUCAACGGAAAGUCGGAGGAAAAGCCCGAAUAA